CAUUUCCCCCUCUGCCCCCCCCCCCGUAACCCCUUGAGCUUCAUGCCCCCCUGAAGACCAUGGAGGUGGUGGGCGAUUUUGAAUACAGCAAGAAGGACCUGAUAGGACACGGCGCUUUUGCGGUGGUCUUUAAGGGUCGUCACCGCAAGAAAACUGACUGGGAAGUGGCUAUAAAGAGCAUUAACAAAAAGAACUUGUCGAAGUCACAGCUCCUGCUUGGGAAGGAGAUAAAAAUUUUGAAGGAGCUGCAGCAUGAAAACAUUGUUGCCCUGUAUGAUGUCCAGGAAAUGCCCAACUCUGUCUUUCUAGUAAUGGAGUAUUGCAAUGGUGGAGACCUAGCAGAUUACUUGCAAGCAAAAGGAACACUCAGCGAGGAUACCAUCCGCGUGUUCCUGCAGCAGAUUGCGGCUGCCAUGCGUGUCCUCCACGGCAAAGGCAUCAUUCACAGGGACCUGAAGCCGCAGAACAUCCUGCUGUCAUACGCCAGUCGCAGGAAGUCGAGCGUCAGUGGCAUACGCGUCAAGAUAGCUGACUUUGGAUUUGCCCGUUAUCUCCAAAGCAACAUGAUGGCGGCCACCCUCUGCGGCUCCCCAAUGUAUAUGGCACCCGAAGUGAUCAUGUCACAGCACUAUGACGCUAAAGCCGACCUGUGGAGUAUAGGGACGGUUAUCUACCAGUGUCUGGUUGGAAAGCCACCCUUUCAGGCAAAUAGUCCUCAGGAUCUGAGAAUGUUUUACGAGAAGAACAGAAACCUCAUCCCUAGUAUCCCCAGGGAAACGUCAGCUUACUUGUCUGAUUUGCUUUUGAGCUUGCUUCAGAGAAACCAGAAAGACCGAAUGGACUUUGAAGCCUUCUUCAGUCACCCCUUCCUCGAUCAAGUUUCGACCGUCAAAAAGUCUUGUCCCGUGCCUGUUCCAGCGCCGACUGGGUCGGUCUCUGGUGGAUCCUGUGGUAGCUCUCCCUCCUGCCGGUUUGCUUCUCCCCCAUCCCUUCCAGAUACGCAGCACGCCCAGGAAGACAACCUCUCUUCCCCUCCCUUGGGGCCUCCGAAUUACCUUCAGGUGUCCAAAGAUUCUGCCAGUACCAGUAGCAAGAAUUCCUCCUGUGACACAGAUGACUUUGUCCUGGUUCCACACAACAUCUCUUCCGACCAGUCAUAUGACCUGCCCCUGGCAGCUGCGGGCCGGAGAGCCUCGAGCGAAUUCCUGAUGUGUGGAGGACAGAGUCCGUUAACCGUUUCAGGAAGUGCUGGCGGUUUUCAGAAGCCUUCCUCAAACAACUCCAGUAAUAACCCUUCUGGUUCAGCAAACAGGCAUUGCCAGCCUUCAGUCUCCCCCCGGAGUGAAACGGUGCCCAUCCCAGUCCCCACUCAGCUACGGAACUACCAGCUCAUUGAGCAGAACCUGACCUCAGCCACCAGCCCAGGGUCAAACCCCCACGGGUCACCAAGAUCUGCAGUGGUGAGGCGGUCAAACACCAGCCCCUUGGGCUUCCCAAAGACAGGCUCCUCCUCUCCUGUGCCAGCCGACACUGCCCAGACGGUGGGGCGGAGACUGUCCACAGGCUCCUCGAGGCCGUACUCCCCUUCGCCCCUAGCUGGUACCAUACCCGAGCAACUUGGGCACUGCUGUUGCGGGCAGCUGCAAGGGCAUGAAUCCCGGGGCCGAAGCUCCUCAGGCUCCUCAGCAACACAAUCCCAGUCUCCGCAGUCCCUCCUGUUGGCAGGGGCUCGACUGCAAAACUCGCCCACCCUGACGGACAUUUACCAGAACAAGCAGAAGCUUCGGAAGCAGCAUUCGGACCCCGUCUGCCCAUCCUAUGCGGGCUGCAGCUACGGCCAUUCGCCCCAGCCCAGCCGGCCUGUCAGCCUGGGGACGUCGCCCACCAAGCACAUGGGGUCAUCUCCACGGACCUCGGACUGGCCCUUCAAAACGCCCCUGCCGACCAUCAUUGGCUCCCCCACAAAGGCAACAGCGCCUUUCAAAAUCCCCAAGACCCAAGCGUCUUCUAACUUAGUGGGCCUGGUCAGUCGGCAGGGGCCCUCCGACCUCUUGCUGCCGCCACCGAAGGAUAUGGGGGAGACCCGGGAAUUCACACCCUUCCACUCCACGCCAGGUGUUGAAAGGCAGGCACGAGAUCAACACGGCAAGGCAGCAUUUGGCAGGUCUGUAAGUACCAGCAAGUUGUCGGAUCCGCCAGCAAAGGCUGCCCUUAACAGCCAACUCUACCAGGGCAGCACCGACAGCCUUAAUACUGAGCGGCCAAUGGAUACAGCUCCCCCGGGGGCCUGUGGCAUCACCGGAGGACCUCCGCCCAUGCCAGUGGGAGCCAGCUCCAGGGCAGUGAUGUUUACCGUAGGAUCCCCUCCGAAUAGUGCCACACCUCCGACUUGCACCCACAUGGCUCUCAGAGCUCGGACGAUGUCAGUGGGCUCUAACAGUUCCGGAGGCUCCCUCUGUUCCACCAGUGGUCGCGUCCUGAUGGGCUCUCCCCCCGGGAUUUAUAUGGGCUCCUCUCCCCCCGGAGCUGAGGCGGCUCCUUGCCUGAAGUACAUGCCUUACGGGGCAUCACCUCCCAGCUUUGAAGCUCCAGAACUGCCUGAGGAAACUUUGAUGGAGAGAGAGCACACGGACACACUACGCCACUUGAACUUGAUGCUGGCGUUCACGGAAUGCGUGCUGGACCUGACGGCUGUUCGGAGUGGGAACCCGGAGCUCUGCAGCUCUGCCGUGUCUCUCUACCAGAUCCAGGAGAGCGUUGUCGUGGAUCAGAUCAGCCAGCUGAGCAAAGACUGGGGGCAAGUGGAGCAGCUGGUCUUGUACAUGAAGGCAGCCCAGCUCCUGGCCUCCUCCUUACACCUAGCCAAAGCGCAGAUCAAGUCAGCCAAGCUGAAUCUCUCAACUGCUGUGAAGCAAGUUGUCAAAAACCUGAACGAGAGGUACAAAUUCUGCAUUGCCAUGUGCAAGAAGCUUACGGAAAAACUGAACCAGUUUUUCUCAGACAAGCAGCGUUUUGUCGAUGAAAUCAACAGCGUCACAGCCGAAAAGCUCAUCUACAGCUGUGCUGUGGAAAUGGUCCAGGCAGCAGCUUUGGACGAGAUGUUUCAGCAGACCGAAGACAUCGCCUACCGGUACCAUAAAGCUGUGUUGCUGCUGGAAGGCCUGGCAAAGAUCCUGCAGGACCCGGCCGACAUCGAAAACGUAAACCGUUAUAAAGCUAGUAUUGAACGGAGACUCUCGGCUCUUUGCUGCAACACCGUGGCUGUCUAUGAAUAGAAGAGCCCCCGCCCGGCUCCCCAGGACCACUCCGUACGGCCAAAUCUUCACGCUUCCCGUCCCAAAGGAAAGGUGGCUUGUACGCUUCUGGGGUUGCCCACCAGAGGGGGGAAAGAAAGAAAGCAGUUCACGGGACAGAAGAAAACGCAAACACUUUUGAAGGAGAUUUGCCCUGUUACAACGUCCCGUCCGUCUUCCGUUUCACGGCCAGACGGGAAAGGCUCCUUUUGCCGUUUCCGCCUCCAUCUUGAUCUUGCAGGCAGCGAUUCAGCUUCUUUUUAGGUUACAAGAGAACGGAGCAUCCUUCCCCCCCACCCAAAGAUCCAAAAAAGGUCGGCUCCCGCUUUGGGAAGGGGGUGGACGGUUUCUUUGCGGGACACGACGGCCAAAUGAAGGUGUGAGGUCAUCCGGCCUGGACUUCAGUUCUGUGAUGCUUCGGAGCCGAGCACGGGUUGUGCGUGCCCCACCUCAAGCCAUCAGGGAACUGGACACCUUUUGCAGAAAUAACCGAAAUGGGGGGAUAACACACCCAGGGGAGGGGUGUUGUUUUUUUAUUUGAGGAUGGGGCACCACUUGAGAAUCCCCGAAGCAGACGCUUGGCAAUUACCGUAGACGUGCAAGCUUGGUGUUCUUCCCAAACCCCUGCCCCCAAACACUUUAUAUUGCACUAAUUUACUAAACUGUGUAUUAUUUGUUUUUUUUAAAUACUGUUGAUUAAAAAAAACACACAGGAAAAGGCACAACUAUGAACACUUGCUGGAGGGGCAGGGGGGAUAUUUCAUUUCAUUAUAUACUUUGCGGGGCGGGGGAGAGUGUGUCAUCCCCCCCCCCCAAAAAAAACCCCAGACUUUUCCAGAAUUUCAACCUGCGACUUCUUAGGGGACUUUUUCAGAGAGAGUCGCGCAGAUGUGUCGUAGGGUGAAUUCUUCCAUUUUAUACCCCUUUGUCUAAUACUUGAGUAACUCUCUGGAGUCUUGAUAACAUUUUGACGCUGUUUCCUCCCCCUGUCCCAUAUCAAGGUUUGGUUGCUUAAUUCCUGUCGCAUGUGAAGCUGAUGGCUUCCUCCUCCUCCUCCCCUGCCUGUCAGUUCUGAAACCCGGGCCGAGGAAGACAUGGCUGCAGCCUCGAUGGAACGGGGUGCUCUGCGGCAGAGGCUUCUUAAGAUAGCAAAGCAUUAAGAAAUAAUUAUAAUCAGGGUUAUCUGGAGCAGUUUUUAAGGACAUACAUGCUGCUGCCCUUCAGCUCUUCUUCCUCUGCCGUCCUUGCUCAGUGCUUUGGCAACUUGCAGAGUAUCUAAACAGCCUGGUUUCUUCGCAGUUGGCCCUCUUAAUUUUGAGAGGGUUUCCUACUGCCAUCACUUGAAGGAAAAAAAAAAAAGCUUGUUUCUAAUGGAACCAUUUCAAUCCUUUUUUAAAAAACCAGUCAAAUCUCCUUUGAUGAAAGGUGGUUGGCAUACAAGCACCAUCCCUUUUUAAGGAGUGAAGAAAAUCCUAUGUGUGUUGGUUUCUCUCCUUUUCCACUCCCCAUCUUUUUUUUUCCCCUUUGACAAAGUAAUGUACUUUUUACUUUAUUUAUCAGUACAAGAAAUUUCAGAAGUUAAUUUGAAAGUGUUUUUUUAUUUAUACGGCGUUUGUAUUUUUAGAUCUUUAAUACCGUGUUUCUACUACCUCUCCUUUGUAACUGCAUGCAUUUAUUCUUGACCCGUAGUGUAAUAACUGAAGAGAAAAAUCCUGUUGAUAACUUUUAUUAUGUCCUGUAUAAAUGUAUAUUAAAGUUAAAAACAAGCGAAACAAUAAUAAACUGAUCCUCAAAUGUUCCUAUAUAUAAUACAGGGUUUGACCAUCA